ACUAGGAUUCAGCAUAUUGUACUGCCACCUCCAUUAUAUGGUUUGAUGUCACCUAAUCAUGAGUACAUGGAGUGGUUCAGAGAGAGGGGAAAGCGCUACAUAUCACGGAGGGCAGCAAAGAUAGGGCGCAUGAUUGACGGUCUUGAAAUGCUGUAUCAUGCAACAACGGCGGAGGAGUUUCCUCGAUUUGGACUACAGUAUAUCCACGAGGAGAUAGGCCGAAUUAUUGGGAUGUUUCGUGAGAGUUCACGAGUUGAUGAGCCUGGACCUGAGGCACCCCCCGUGCAGACUCAGCCUGAUCCUCAGUUGAUCGUGGAUGUUCCUCGUAAUAGACGGGAGGGACGGGGAUUAGGACGUACACGUGAGAGAGUUGCUGCUGAGCCUGUCCCGAUUAUAGCACCUAGACCAGUGGUCGAGACUCAGGGAUGGUUUAGACCUCCAGCAUUUGGUCCUACUUACGGGUCACAGCCGAUUUAUCAUCACGGAUCGCAGUAUGCGGCAGGUCCUAGUCAGGCGGCGUCUGAGCACCCUUACAUGAGCGGGCAGGAGCCAGUUUUCCAGGCUAGUCCGAUGGCUAUGGCAGGAGCGGAUCCGGCAUCCUCACAGCCUGAUUUCCAGCCCUAUUCACAGGGACUUGAUGCCGAUUACCCCUUUUGGUCUGCAGAGGACACGAUGGAGUUGUAUCGCUCUGUAGGCCUUGUUGCAGAGAGCCAUGACAGUGGGGAGACUCUAGCCACGGAUUCUCACAGUCAGGGACACACCCCUUUUGAUGUGCCGGGCAGCAGUGCAGGACCAUCAGAUGAUUUCAUCCGUGCGGCGAUGGAUGACUUCCACACUCCACCUCCACAGGACCAUCAGGGUGACCCAGUCUGGGACAGACGUAUACUACCAGAUAGGGAUGCACGACAUAGGCCAUGGCCACCGUGGUCCUAGUUUC